CCUCGUCUCCCACCUUCGCACCCUCCAUUCAUCCCUCGUCUCUCUUAUACGUGUGUGUAUUCAUAUAUCCAUGUGUGUGUUUAUAAAUACGAUCUCUUAUCAGAAUUCAGCUUAUCUCUUAUCCCAUAUUUAUUCAUAUUCAAACCUCAAACCAGCCAAGGAUUAGGAAAAAAGAGGAAAUGUCUUUUUCUUGUAUUUCCCGCGUCUAGUAAUAGCGCUCGGCAAUGGUGAUCCCAGAUUCAUUGAUCGGGUCCCGAAAUCAUUAGCGAAGAGGAGAUCCGGCCUUCUCAUCGGGAGGGGGGGGGGGCUGGAUAUAUAAAAGGGUAUGAGGGCGGCGGAGGAGGAGGAGAACCGCCGUGGCUCCUGCGGGCUGCUGUUGGAGAAGUACGAGCUGGGGAAGCUGGUGGGAUGCGGGGCGUUCGCUAAGGUCUACCACGCACGAGACACGCGUACGGGUCAGAGCGUGGCCAUAAAGGCCGUGAGCAAGCAGCGGCUGGUGAAGGGAGGGCUCAACGCCCUCGUCAAGAGGGAGAUCGCUAUCUUGCACCGCUUGCGUCAUCCCCACAUUGUGCGCCUGUUCGAGGUCCUCGCGACGAAGACGAAGAUCUAUUUCGUCAUGGAGUUCGCCAAAGGCGGAGAGCUCUUCGCCAAGGUUUCCAAGGGGAGGUUCAGCGAGGAUCUCAGCCAUCGGUAUUUCCAGCAGCUCAUCUGCGCCGUCGGAUACUGCCACUCCCGCGGCGUCUUUCACCGGGAUCUGAAGCCGGAGAAUCUCCUCCUCGACGAGAAGCUCGAUCUCAAGGUCUCCGAUUUCGGACUCAGCGCCGUCAACGAUCAGAUCCGACCCGACGGACUCCUCCACACCCUCUGUGGCACCCCCGCCUAUGUCGCGCCGGAGAUCCUAGCCAAGAAAGGCUACGACGGCGCCAAGGCCGACGUCUGGUCGUGCGGUGUCGUGCUGUUCGUUCUCAAUGCCGGUUAUCUCCCCUUCAACGAUCCCAACCUCAUGGUAAUGUACCGUAAGAUCUACAAGGGAGAGUUCCGUGUCCCGAAAUGGACGUCUCCGGAGCUCCGUCGACUCCUAAUCCGGCUUCUCGACACGAAUCCGGAGACGAGGAUCACCGUCGACGAGAUAAUCAAAGAUCCGUGGUUCAAAAAGGGAUACGACGAGAAAAUGUCGAGAUUCCACCACGAGGAAUUCGAUCUGAAGCUACCGGAGAGCGAGGAGAGGGGCACGAGACGCCUGAAUGCAUUCGACAUCAUAUCGGGUUCACCGGGAUUCAACCUGUCGGGUCUGUUCAGGGAAGAGAGCAAGAUGGAGCGGUUUGUAUCGGCAGAGGCGCGGGAGAAGGUGGUGGAGAAGCUGGAGGAGGUGGCGAAAGCGGAGAAUUUGACGGUGACGAAAGAGGGGGAAUGGGGGAUGAAGCUGGAGGGGCAAAAGUGUAAUUUUGCGAUGGUGGUGGAGAUAUACCGGUUAACGGACGAGCUGGUGAUGAUAGAGGCGAGGAAGGGAGAGAGAGGGGGAGUAUCAGGACGCGACUUGUGGACAGAUACAAUAAGGCCGUGUCUUAUUCAACUCUCUCAUAAACCGGCCGCUACGGUCUCCGGUUGCAGCAGCGUAGGAGCUACUUAGCGUUUACGCGGCGUUUCGGGAUACAAACGCUGUUUGUUUAUAGGUCAUAUAUGUACAUAUAUAUAUAUUUCUGUCCGGUCCCAACUGUGAUAAAUAAAAGAAAAUAAUAAAAAAGAAACUCAAAAUCAGUUCUAUAAGAAAAUGGGUGGUUUAUGAUCUCCCCCCUAAUAAACGAGUUGAACGUCAA